AUGGCCGUCAAUUCCAAUAAAUACACAAAGCUUGAGUUCAAACAGCUGAACCCUAUUGUAUCCCUCUUCUCGCCUACGCCAACGACACCAAUUGACCCUUGUCAUCCAAGCACAAUUAUAUUCUGUGCUUGGAUGGAGGCAUCCCCACGAUCAAGAUACGUAAAUUCAUUUUUCGACUACUAUCACGAUCUCUACCCCAACGCACGCAUUAUCUGUGUGAUUUCUCGACUUGGUUUUUUUUCAUAUACUUCUACCACCACCCGCUGUGCUCUUCACGAACCAAUUAUUUCAGCAAUAGAAGCAGGUCCGUCGCCAAAUGGAAAGAGGAACAUUCUUGCGCAUGUAUUUUGCAAUGGUGGGUCACUAGCCUUCGCCGACAUACGCCAACAAUACAAGGAAAACACGGGAAGAAAACUUGAAAUCAAAGCUAUCGUUUUCGAUAGUGGACCUGGGGAGUAUAGCUUCUCAUAUACCUAUCAAGCUGCUGCACCAACAUUUCCAAAAGGUCUUCUCUGGUACCCUGUUGCUGGCUUCAUAUUGGUGGCGAUAUUUCUUCUAGGACGCACCAAGGUUGGACCCUAUCGGCACGUGGAAGGCUCCCGUCGAAGGAUCAAUGACUUAGAGUAUGCAGAUGAGAAGGAGAAACGUGUCUAUAUAUACAGUGAUACUGAUCUAGUUGUUGGCUGUCAAUCUGUUGAGGCACAUGCCGCGGACGCCCGGGCUAAAGGAAUCGACGUAAGUCUGGUGCCAUGGAAAGGCAGCCGUCAUAUUCAGCAUAUGUUGCAAGAAGAAUCUCGGUAUUGGGAUGUUGUCACGAAUUUCUGGGCUGGCAAAUCGAGCUCUACUAUGGGAUAA